AUGGAUCCAUCAGACCUCGAGCAGAAAAUGCUGGAAGCCGCGAUCGCGGCCUCGCUUCAAGAGUUUCAUAAACAGCGCCCGGGGUCGUCUUCUCAGUCUGCACCAUCUGAUGACAAGAAUGAAGUCUAUCAAAUUGCAUCAAAGUCACCUUCGAAAGCCUCCUCUCCAGUUACCAGCCCUUCAAAGAUACCCAAUCGGCCAAAGCGAUCACCCCAGACGUCCCCACUUCCCGGGAGUCAGGUCGUGGAUCUCACCAACGACUCGGACUCAGACUCGGACGUGAAAGAAAUCUUUCCAAAGUCCAAGUCAGUCAUCUCCUCUGAGACAGACGAGGAACCUGUCAAAGAUGUGGGGGAUGAUUACAGCGACGACGAUCUAAAGCGGGCGAUUGCAAUGUCCCUUGAAGGCAGUCAGCAUGGCGUCGAGGCAGCAGACACCGCGAUCGAUAAGCCCCAGGGGAUUUUCGGUAUUGAUCGAAAGCAGAUGGAGCAGGAACGUCUUGCUCGUCUCGCCAAGCGCAAAGCUGAGAGCUCCCCUCCGCUCAACCAGCCGGCUCCCAAGGCCGCCAAGAUCACUGGUCAUCAGCCUCUCUCAACUACUCAAGCUUCAACCACUCAAGCUUCAUCGCAGCAGAGGGCUUCAGUUCCCAGUAAUUACACUAAUACGACUACCAGAGACGCCGGGGUCCAACCAACAGCCCAGCCACUCAUGCAGUAUCCUCUCGGGGUUGUCAAAAAGACGCACGUGGCAAACAAGCUCCGCACCGGGAAUGAUAUUACAAUCGAGGAGGUUUUUCAACGGGCAGACCUGAAUGUUGCAGUGCUGAGUUCAUUCAUGUGGGAUAUUGAAUGGCUUUUCUCUAAGCUCGACACUAGAAAGACCAGGUUUAUUCUCAUGAUGGGUGCGAAGGAGGAAGCUACGCGCAGCCAAUAUCGCCGGGAGACGGCAUCUAUGCGUACUCUUGACUUGUGCUUCCCGCCGAUGGAACCACAAGUCAACAAUAUGCAUUCGAAACUCAUACUCCUCUACCAUCCCGGGUAUCUACGAGUUGCCGUUCCGACUGCAAAUCUCACCCAAGCCGAUUGGGGAGAAAAUGGCCUGAUGGAAAAUACUAUUUUUUUGAUCGAUCUUCCCAGGAUUGAGCUCGGGGUGAAGAUCGAAAAGUCCAACACCUCUUUCAAAGAAGAGCUGAUCUACUUCUUGAAAGCUUCCGGGUUGCGCAGUGACGCUAUUAAAGCUCUUGAUGAGUUUGAUUUCAGCAAGACUGCACGAUAUGCGUUUGUACACACUAUCGGUGGAUCUCGAACCGGCGAAUCGUGGAAACGGUCUGGAUAUUGCGGGCUCGGCCGCGCUGUGACACAGCUUGGUUUGCAGCCAUCUGGACCCAUCAACAUUGCCUAUGUGGCUUCAUCAAUUGGAUCUUUGACCGAUGAAUUCCUUCGCGCCAUUUAUCUUGCGGCUAAAGGUGAUGAUGGUCUUACGGAUUACAAACUUCGCAACACUCGAGAUUCCAGUGCCAAGACCAAUGAUCUGCAGCGCAGGGAAAUGAUCCAGUUGGGCCAAGAGUGGCAGAAUCGGUUCAACGUGUAUUUCCCCUCAGACCAGACUGUGCGUCUCGCACAUGUGAAUCCCGAUCACACUGCAGGGACUGUAUGCUUCUCGUCGCGUUGGUGGCUUGGCGCAAAGUUCCCCCGGGGCAUCUUGAAGGAUUGCGAGAGUGAGCGGGGAGUGUUGAUGCACAACAAGCUCAUGUACGUGUGGCCUUCGGAGCCCAUUCAUAUGCCUGAUGGCAGCGAGUGUAAGGGUUGGGCAUAUGUCGGAAGUGCCAACAUCUCGGAGAGUGCCUGGGGCCGCUUGGUCAAAGAUCGCUCCACCGGCCAACUGAAGCUGAACUGCCGUAACUGGGAGUGUGGUGUGCUGGUGCCCGUUACCUCUCCUGGCGGCAGGGCCUACUCCCAAGCAAGCGAUGCUACCACUGCCACACUCGAUGCUGCUCCCGCCAGCCAAUUACAACCUCAACUCCCAGCCCAGAUCUUCCAAGAUACCAUCCCGGUUCCCAUGAAGCUUCCUGGUGCAGACUUGACUGAGAGUCGCGCCCCGUGGUUCUUCCAGGAGUAA